CUGGCUCGUGUUCGGCUUCAGCACCGAGGAGGCGGCGGGGGGCCCGGACCCGGGCCCGGGGCCGCGCCGCCUGGACUCGGGCCCCGAGGGCAUCCGCCGCGUGUGGCCCGCCUGGAGCUACGUGGUCCUGGAGACCGGUGAGCGCCGCCGCGGGCCGCCCGCCUCCCCCCCCGGCCCGCCCCCCCGCUCCCCGGGACGGCCCUGCCCCCGGUGAUCCCGGUACCCAGUGCCCCCCCCGCCCGGUGCAGGCCCUGCCCGGCAGCCUGGCGCUGUCCCCGGUGAUCCCGGUGCCCGGUUCAUCCCCCCGGCGUUGCCCCCCCCGCUCCGGUGUCCCAAGGUCCCGGUGCCGGCGCUGCCCCCCCACGCGGUGCUGUCCCCGGUGAUCCCGGUGCCCGGUUCAUCCCCCUGGUGAUGCUCCUCGCCCCGGUGCCGGCCCUGCCCGGCCGCCCCCCCCCGUCCCCUUGUCUUAAGGUCGCGGUGCCACCGGUGCCGGCCCUGCCCCCCCGCCCGGUGCAGCCCCCGGUGAUCCCGGUGCCCAGUUCCCCCCCGCGAUGCCGGUUCUGCUCCCCCGCCCGGUGCUGCCCCCGCUCCGAUGUCCCAAGGUCCCGGUGCCCCCCGGUGCCGGCCCUGCCCCCGCCCCGGUGCCCAGUUCCCCCCCCAAACCGCUGCCCGCGGUGAUGCCGGUCCCGGAGCCGCGAGGCGCGGUCGCCCCGGGUGCCUGUCGCGCCGGGACGCCGGUUCCCCGCCGCUGACGGCCGGUGCCGGUGCCGCUGCAGGCGCGGGCGCGCUGGAGGUGCGCGGCGGGGGCGCGGGGCGGCGGCUGCCGUCGGGGUGCGCCGAGGCGCUGCCCUCGGAGACGCACGUGCUGCUGCGGCGGGCGGCGGCGGCCGAGGCCUGGCCGCGGGCGGCGGCGGUGCGGGGGGCGCUGCGGGGCGCCCCGGCCUGGCGGCGAGCGCUGCCCCCCGGCCCCGGCCCCGGCCCCGGCCCCGACCCCGGGUCGCCGCCGCCGCUGCCGCUGGUGCCCGGCGGGUUCGCGGCGCCGCGGCCGCCCUUCUUCGCGCCGCUGCCGCCCGCGCUGCGCGCCCGGCGCCUGGUGCUGGGCCACGAGCACGUGCUGGCGCUGGGCGCCGCCGGCGAGACCUACGCCUGGGGCGGCGGCAGGCAUGGGCAGCUGGGGCACGGCGUGCUGGAGCCGGAGCCGGAGCCGCGGCUGGUGGAGGCCCUGGCCGGCGUGCCCAUGCGGGAGCUGGCGGCCGGCGGCUGGCACUCGGCCAGCGUCAGCGAGGCCGGCGACCUCUACGUGUGGGGCUGGAACGAGUCCGGGCAGCUGGCCCUGCCCUCCAAAGCGCUGGCGGAGGAACGGGCGCAGGCCGAGGGCGCCGGUGCAGGCGAGGCCGAGCUGACGCCCCGGCGGGAGCAGCCGGGCGCCGAGGGUGCCGAGUUCAUCUCCAUCCAGGCCUUCCCGGCCCUGCUGGACUUCCCCCACGACCUGGAGGUCAGCAAGGUCGGCUGCGGCUCCCGGCACACAGCCGCCGUCACACGAGAUGGUGCUCUCUACACCUGGGGCUGGGGUAAAUACGGACAGCUGGGCCACGGGGACAACGCCAGCUCCGACCAGCAGCGGCGCGUGGACUACCUCCGAGCCAAGGGGCUGCGGGCUGAGGACGUGGUGUGCGGGCCCUGGACCACCUACGUGUGCGUCCUGGAGGAGUGAGGCAGCUGCUCCUGCAAAGCAGCCCGUGGGGCGACUGCUGCAGGCACAGGGGUGGAGGAUGACACCACCUUCCUGCCCUGCCACCAGGGCUGGUCCUGGUGGCUGCUCUGCCACCUUCACAGAGGGAGAUGACAGCUGGGUUCCCCAUCACACUGAACUGAGCUCACCCUGGAGCGGGGGAUGCUGCCCGACCCAGCCUCAGCUGUAGCGCUACAGAACACAGAGGGAAGGACUGAAUUUAUUUAUUACAUCUCCUUUUUCAUAACA